AUGUCCAAUUCGAUGGAGUCCCAGUCACAUACCAACCUCGGUUCUGAGGAGCCCUGCGCCGCCGAAAACACGGCUUCUGGCGAUGCGAAUGACGAUCAAGCUCCAUCGACAACAUUACCAACGUCGACGAAACGCAGUCUCUCGGCGCAAGCAAGCAUGGAUCAAGCAACUCCUCGGGAGACGCGAUCUAUCAAUGAACGCAAUCAGAGCUCCUGGGCCCAGGCUAAGGAAGAUUACAUGAAGGCGGCAAGGGGAAUGGCAAGAGCAGAAUCUGAACAGCGAUUCGACGAUGCCGCCACUUUCGCCACCGAUUGUUGGGCAGCUCGCAAAAGCUACUCUGAGCUACAUCGAUUCUCCGCAGGUGAGAAACUGGACAUGAUACUACAUCAUACAGAGAUCCUUCUUCAGUGUUCUGGGUUGGACAAAGUCCACAUCGCCAUUGGACUGGAUGAAGUCGAACAUGACGCGCGUUACCUUGAUGCCUCUAAAUGGGGUCAGCUUUGCGUCAAUGUUGGGUUGCUGUACCUGAGAUGGUCUGCGCAACAAAACCUGAGCAAAGCAAAGCACUACUUGGAGCUUGGCCUGGCAUCCUCAAUCCGAUCCAAGCCAUCAAACCAUGAGACGCUCCUCGCCAUCUGUCAGGCUUUGCUUGAUGUUUACGACCUGAAUGAAGACAAUGGGAAUGUACAAAAUCUGAUCACAACAAUCCGCCGAGAUAUCUCUCCCGAAAUGGUGAAUCAGAUCAGCAUUGGAGAAAUCGCCGCCGUUAACAAGUGGUGUGAGGAUCAGGGUUUCAGCAUCUGCCAAUGGUAUCAGCCAAGUUCGCCGGCCGAUGCUCCGACACAGGACCCCAGUAUUGCUCACUACCACUCCCGAGACCCCAAGAAAGGCAUCUCCCCCCUGGAACUGGCUCUCAGAGAUGCACACUACGACAGAUUCCGUGCCAUGCUGCGCUUCGAACAGACUACCCUGCCGCGAGCAACGAUGUCAUCUAUUGCAUCCAACCUUCUUCUUCUGGCCGCUGACACCAGACAUACACUCUUUGCACAAUCUCUGAUUGAUAGCGGCGCCAAGGUGAAUCAUGUCGACGAACAUUGCCGUUCAGCAUUACAUCGAUGCCAACAUUGUCCCAGGUUAGGUAAUGAGGGGGGCACCAAAUUAGCAAGGUUGCUAGUUGAGCGAGACUCUUCCCUGCUUAAUCAGAAAGACGCUCAGGAAAAAACGGCUCUGUUCAUGGCAUGCGAAGCGGGACAUAUUCCCAUGGUACAGCUCCUUCUGGAUCUCGGAGCGGAUCCUGAAAUCGCAGACAUCCAUAGGAAGACUCCUCUGCACGCAGUCUGUGAACAGGGCGACCUUGCAACAAUGCAAGUACUUCUGAACACUGUCCAUGCCUCCAAGAUCAUCAACAAACCUGGGCCUGGUGGGUAUACACCUAUCAUUGUGGCAACCAGAGUGGCAUCAGCAAAUGCUAAGCGGAUCGAAAGCGUAAGAGAAUUGGUGCGGCAUAAUGCCGAUCCUCAUAUCAAGGACAAUAGAGGCAACGAUGCAUUCAUAUAUGCGACUGGCCAUUCAGGAAAGGCAAUCAAACAGAUUCUUAGACGGCCGGGAUUCGAAUCGAAUCGCUCAUCGACCUCCAUGUCAUCCACCUCGCAAGCAGCAGCAAUAAGUGGCAAAGGCGAGCCUGAAAAUUGGACCAUCUUGAGCCACUCCAAGAGCAACGCUUCCGGAAACGGCAAACAGAGAGCUCUGGUCUCAUCCCACGGCAAGAAUUCUGUUUCCAGCAAAUUCUCAGCCGUCUUCUCACACUUGGGCUCAAGUAAACGGAGUACUGUACCGACGGAAUUCAGCGAGGAAACUCCAGCCUAUGCGAGUAACAGUACCGAAACGUUUCUUGUGCGACAGACAAGCGGGCAAAGGGGGAGAAGCGAGAAGCAAGAAACUAUUUUGGAAGUACCUGAAGCUUCACAAGUUCCACUGCAGAGACUAGCUAAUCUAUCCCUCGGUGCACCAUCUCCCGGCGCUUCGACCAGCGGAAACGAAUACUUGUUCGACUCUGAAACGGAUCUCUCGGAACAUGAGCACGAAAGCGCGCAACAAAGCAGUGCUGCUAAUAGCGCCCCUAUCAGGAAUUACCAGCAGGUGCCCGGUGUACGGGGCCUCUACAACGAGGGUCCACCGGGCUAUAUUGGACACCCAGUCUCAUUCGGAGGAGGCGGUGCGGCCGGGUCCGGAUUUGGCAACUUACCAAACUAUGGAGGGGGCAGCGCGGCCGGAUUUUGCAAUCCGUCGAACUUCGGAGGCCAAGGCCAGUCAGCUGGUCGGACAUCACAGCAAAGUUGUAUUGUCGACCAAGCUCCUGUAUUGUCUGAGCCAUCUAGCGAGAAACAAUUUGCUUGUCCUUACAACGAGGCAAUGCCUUUCGCCUACCCAGAAUGCUCCAAAAGAGGAUUCACUCGCCCUCGGGACAUCAAGCAACAUUUACGUCGACAACAUUAUAAACCAUAUUGUUCAAUCUGCCACCAGACUUUCGAAGAUCCUUCUCACCGGGACUCCCAUGUGGAUGAACAUAUGACCUCAGGUCAGCGUGGGAUCAAACACAAUCUGGAAAGUAUGACCGACAUGCAGAAGGAAGCGAUCAGCAGAAACCCUCCUCCUCAGUUGAAUGGAGAUGACCGAGAGCAGUGGUACCACAUGUUUAAGAUUUUGUUCCCAAAUCUUGGUCGACCCCACUCACCGUAUUUGGAGUCCGACCCCCUUCUAAUGCUGGACUACCUAGAGCAGUUUUCUCAAAAUCGAAGAGUGCAGCUCGAUUCGACCUUGCAGCAGAUGAUUAGCAGUGGUGCCAUCCAAGAGCCGACCAUCACCUACGUGGCUCGCCUUGCUAUAGAUCAACUAUUCUUGCACUUUAGGCAAGUUCUGUCGUACGAAACUUCACGACCCUCGGAUUCUAGACAAGCUUCUCUGAGUUCGUAUUUAACAGGGUCUACCAGUCCGCCUCUAGACUUUUUUGCCUCACAACCAGCCCCAGACUUCCAAGUCGCUUUCAAUUGGUCUGGUUUGGGUCAACCCCCCGGGGACAGGCAGCAGGUAAAUGCACCAUUCGGGACACCACAACAAAUCCAUGUGCCCGAUCAAAACACCUGGUAUCCAAGCCUCUCAUAUCCCGGCGGGGCACCUCCAGCGACUCCUCCUGAAUUGGAGAGCCAUGGCUCUAUUAGCAGCGAUUUCCAUCAAGGACGAGACGGUUCUGGUCAUCUACGGUGA